AUGGAGUGUACUCUUCCUCAAGGUCCAAGGCAGCUCAGAUCAGGAGCCCAGUGCUUGAGAUAUGUGCACAAGGCACUUGCCAACACCUUCUUUGCAAGGAAGGCCACUGGGACAAUCAAUGAGGGAGAAGUGAAGCUCCUUGACAUGGGAAUCAAGCCCAUCAUCUCACGCACAAGGAUGGGAAGAAGAUCAGAGGAGACAGGGCACACGCAGGGAAUCUCAUGCCUCUCCUUGAGCAGCUCCAAGCCUACAAGCAGGAGUUCAAGUGGACAAGAGAAGGUCUACUCCACCAGGUUGGAUGGACAUCAAGUUCUGCAAGACCAACCUUCUCAUUGA